UUCAUAUAAACAUAAAAACAAGAUGCUACCUGGCGUUGGCGUAUUCGGAACAGGUGAAAUCGCCAAUGUCCUGGUGCCGCUGCUACGAGAGAAGGGUUUCGAAGUGAAGGCCAUUUGGGGGCGCACACUAAGGGAAGCCAAGGAAACGGCCAACGCACAGAAUGUAGCAUUUUACACAAACGUCAUAGACGAAGUGCUUCUACGAAAAGAUGUCGAUCUGGUAUUUAUAGUGUGCCAGCCGUUUCUGCACGCGGAGAUUUCAGUGAAGGCGCUGGGCAUUGGAAAACAUGUAGUAUGCGACAAGCCAGCGGGUCUUCAUCAAGCAGACUCCAUGAAAAUGGUGCGUGCAUCACAGUACUAUCCGACACUUAUAUCUCUGGUGAAUCAUCCUCUGAGGUUCUUGCCCGCAUUUACCCAAAUGCGACGCUGCCUUCAGGAAGGAGUCAUCGGACCGCUGGGGGACGUGGUCUUGAUGGAUGUGCGUGUGCAAAUGGGCACCCUCUUUCCCGAAAAGUACAACUGGAUGUGUGAUGCCCAGAUGGGCGGUGGGGCACUCAAUCUUGUGGGCAGUGUGGUGGAUUUGGUCCACUUUUUGUUGCAACAGCAUGCAGUGCGUGUGCAUGGCGUAUUGAGAGCCUACACCAAAACAACAGGGGCCAUCAAUGGCAUCCGCCAAAUAACAGCUCCGGAUUUCUGCAAUUUUCAAAUGGAACUGGCCAGUGGCACGCUCGUUACGGUGGCUCUUCAUAGUCACACGGUUCCGACGAAAACCUUUUCCCAAGAAGUACUCGUCUAUGGCAGCAAAGGUCAUUUGGUGGUGCGAGGCGGCGACCUGUUUGCCCUUAAGGAGUCUCAACAAAAGGAAGAAGCCGUCUAUGUCGAUGUUCAGGACUUGCACAUAUCUACCAACAAUUCAUUACUUCCGCGUCCAUACAUCAAGGGUAUGUGCAAAAUGGUAGGUGCUCUCAAGGAAGCCUUCAACAGCAAAGAGUCCAGCUGGAUAAAGGCGCCUGUCUCCACCGCCGCUACUUUCGAAGAUGGCCUUUACGUACAAGCCGUCGUCGAAGCUAUACGCAAGUCGAAUGAAACCCGUCAAUGGCAGCGCGUCGAAUUGACCACAGAUGCGCCCCUCAACCAUGACCAGAUUAUUAGGUAUGGAUAUGCGCGAAUGCCCACCAUGUGAAUGGGCUUUAUACUUAAAACGUAUUUAACUUAUUGUUUCGGCAUUUACAUUUUGCAUUAAUAAACCACCUUUAGAUUUUUAAGAUGACAUAAGACAAAAACUAUUUAAAUUUGUGGGCAAUAAGUUCUUGUAACAUCUUUCAGCUUUUAGAGAUAUGACCUGUUUCUAAUCUGACCGACAGGUAUAAAUACAUUUGUCUUAGGGAAGAAUAUCUUCGGUUUCCCAAACACAAAAUACCCUAUCUAAGCAUAAUAGUGUAUCUUAUUCUUGAUCAGAAUCAACAAUCGAUAUAUCCAUGUCAAUCUAUAUGUUUUUAUGCAAACUAGCUCAUGAGACUUGGCAAAGGUGCGUCUUUCUCUUGCAAGCAGAAAUAAUGUCGGAAUCGGCCAGAUAGGACUACUAUAUCCUAUAGCUCUUUCAAAAGUGUAUUUCUUCAAUCCUUAAACCAGCCACUUACUGUUUCAUUUAGCUCUAGAUGUAGUUGAGGUUCAUGUUAUAUGACUCCUACAGGAACAAUAGGUCGGAAUUAAAGAUUUCUGAACAUUCUUUGCUAGGCUUCGUUAUUGGUCCUGGUCAGCCUGAUAUACAUACAUGUGCACUUUAUGUAAUGGGAGAUAUGUUCUUCUGCCCGUUCUGAACAUCUGUAUAUACCCUUCUUAACCAAUUGAAUGCAUGAGAGAAAUACACAAAAUUGUUUACAAAUUUGUUAUGUGUUGUGUGAUUUGUAAUUUUGAGCGGAAUAAGUUUUAUUUGGCAUGCUAAAUUGAAAAGAUAUAUAAACGGCAAGCUUCUAUUUCGCAUUAGCGCUAAUUUGGAAUAUCUAUUAUACAUAGUUGGGUGUAUUGAAUUUGUAAUUUGUUCGUUCCUUUUUGGUAUAUCAGCACUUAUAAAAACUAAAUUUAAUGCUACACUGGGAGAAUAAAAUCCACUACCCUAAAGCCUGUUGAGUACAAUUAAGCCAAUGAUAUUAUAAAUAGUUCGUAUUAAUAAUAAUAUUGUCUUUGAUGCAAGAUAAACAGUUAAACAUAGAAACAUAAAUGGAUAAUUUGCUUGAGCUUAAUGUAAAUAAAUAGUUAUGUUAAAUAUACAAUUAUUUGAAAUAUUUUUUGAACAAAACGAACAAACGCAAUCGGUAAUAAAAUAAUAAAAAAUAAACAAACGAUAGACACCAGCUAUGUAUACGCAUAAAACAUAAAACUAGACUUAAAUAUACAACCUAGGCUAAGCAACUAACUAAACGACAAGACUAUUCCCUA